UGUAAGUCCUCCGGUGUGUAGUUCUGUGUUAUUAAUUAAUGUCAUAAAUGAGUGAUGCAUUCAUGAGGAGUCUGAGACUGCUGGACAAACUCACUACAAGAGUUCUUCUGAAGUUCUCAAUUCGGUUUAACAGAGAAGAUGAGCUCAGACGAGUCAGACAUUCCUCAAGAUCUGCUGGAGAGUGUUCAGGAUGCUGUGGGUCAGCAGGUCAAGCUGUGUGCUGUAAAGAAGGUGAACCUAGAGGUCAAAGGUGACAAACUGGAGGUCAGAAUCCUGGCUCUCGCCGCUCAUCGAGUUUUUCUGCUGACUGCACGAGUCCCUGUUAAAGUUGAACUGUCUUUCAGUGUGUUUGACAUUCAGUGUAUCAGCAGCGUCAAACAGAAUCAGUUGUUGUUGGACUAUGACAGAGGACAGCUGUCUGUGAGAUUCACGUCUGAUCAGGACACUGAUGGUGUCAUUGCACUGAUAGGAACAAACAUACAGGAGAUCUGUGCAGGACUCAAUCCACUGAGGGUAAUAAAGAGACUUAUUUUGAAGCCGGUUGAGAGAACCACCAGUUUACAGACACUAUGGGAGAAUCACAACACAACAGAAGCAGGACCCUGCGGUGGUUUCUCACGUAUAUACUGGUGUGUUUGUGAUCAAUUAGGAGUUCCCUACAGAGAUGAAGUGCAGUGGGACGUGGACACUAUCUAUCUGUCUCAGGAUACUAGAGAUUUCUGUCUUCAAGACUUCAUCCACCUGGACAACAGGGAUCUGAUGGCGAUCAUCGCUGCUCUGGAGUUCAAUAGCUGGUUCAUCAAACUCUCCAUAAAGGACUUUAAACUGACAGCAGAUCUGUGUGAUCAGAUAUUGAGAGUUGUGUCUCGAUCCACAAACCUAGAAGAAUUGACUCUAGACAACACAGGACUCAAGAGUGAUUUUGCAUUGAAGUUUGCAGGUGCUUUAAGCCAAAAUCCACAUUCAGCUUUACAAAAAAUCAAUCUGGCCAACAACUCACUUGAAGACAAAGGUGUUGCUGCUCUGAGUUCUGCAUUGUGUAAACUCACAACUGGACUCAAACACCUGGACCUGAGCAAGAAUUCACUCACAACUAAAGGUGUGAACAUUCUGGCUCUGUGUUUUUGCUCCAAUCCCUCCAUCUGCAGCACACUCACACACCUUAAUCUGUCUGGAAACACACUCAAAGGAGACGACAUGCCUAAUCUGUGGAGUUUCCUGGGUCAACCGAAUAGUCUCCACACUCUGGAUAUGUCAAACAGUGAUUGUUCCCUUGAUCUGGUAUGCUCCUCACUUUAUCGUGGUUCUCUGAAACACCUAUCAGUUCUCAACAUGUCAAGAAGUGUCUUCAGGAAGAGUAAAGAGUUCCCCUCGUCCUUUAAGCAGUUCUUCAGCAGCUCUGUGUCACUCAAGACCGUCUGUCUGUCUGGAACCAGACUACCUGCUGAAGGACUGAAAGCUCUACUCUUGGGUCUGGCCUGUAACUCAAACCUGCGAGAUGUUUCUCUGGACAUCAGCAGCUGCGAGUUGCGGUCGGCCGGCUCUCAAAUUCUAGAGGGUUGUAUUGCUGAGAUUCCAAACAUCACCAGUCUGGACAUAUCCGACAAUGGUCUGGACUCUGAUCUGUCAACACUGCUCAUGUGGCUCUCAAAGAAUCGCUCCAUCAAACAUCUGUCUAUCGGCAAGAACUUCAACAACAUCAAAAUGAAGAAUCUUGGGCAGGUUCUUGUCUCUCUGAUCCACAUGAUUCAAGAGGAGGAAUCUCCUCUGUCGUCUCUGUCUCUAGCGGACUCACGGUUGAAAGCUGAUCUGUCUGUAUUUUUGAACGCGGUGGGCAGUAACAGCAGUCUCACUCAUCUAGACAUCAGCGGAAAUAAUAUGGGUGAUUUUGGGGCAAAAAUGCUUGCUAAAGCCCUGCAGAUCAACACCAAACUCAGGACGGUGAUUUGGGAUCGUAACUGUGUCAGUGUUCAGGGGCUACAGGAUGUGGCUGCGGCUCUGGAGAAGAAUUACACCAUCAGGUUCAUGCCGGUUCCCAUCACAGACGCAGCACAAGCUCUAAAGAACAACCCUGAGAAAACAGAAGAUGUCCUGAUGAAGAUGGAGCAGUAUCUGUUGCGUAAUCAUGAGAGCAGAAGAUAUCUGCGGGAACAAGCAUUCAGACUGCAUCAGGGCAUCAUCACCAGCACUACACAACAGUUGAUGGGGCAGGUGUGUGUGCAGGUUCAGGAUCAGUUGAAUUCACUGCGCUUCAGUGCGAGUGACAGAGUUCAACAGGACAUGAAGACAGCAGAGAGACUGAUGACAGACGCCAAGAACUCUAGAACUCUGUUGUCCAGUCUGUAUCACCUGCGUUCAGACGGGCGUGUGGCGGGCAUCAGUGACAGGUCAGAGGCCGUGUGUGUGCGGCAGGUGCAUGAGAAACUGAGUUUAGUCGCAGGAGAAAUCAGUGCUGUCAUAGACAAACAACUGCAGAGUAUGUUGUUGUCGAUGUUGGACACCGCAGCGAGUGUGUGUCCUCACAUGAUGCAGAAGGCGAGUUUGCGUGAUGAUCUUCUACACACUACUGAGGGGAAGAUGAGUGUGACACAAGCCUUCAUCACCUCCACACUGCUGGAGCAGUCCGCCAUUGACAUCAUCAACAAGAUCAGUGAGGUGAAGUUCAGUAUGGCAUCAUGUCUCUCUGAUUACAUCACUGAUGAGAUCUUACAGUCUCUCUCGCACUCGCAACACACACUGGCGGCUCAUCUGAGCAGACAAGCUCAUCAGCCGCUGCUGGAUCACGACUCACAUGAGACGGAAGUUCUAGACGAGACAGAAAUGCAAACACACAACCUGAUACAAGCAGAACCAGAGGUGACACAUAAAACCAAGAGGAAGACUGUUUACAGCCAAAUGUUCAGACCCAUGUCUUCGGCCUUCGAGCUGGGCUUUGAUCUGUAUAAGGCAUUAGAGGACGUGUCCACACAUGUGUAUGACCUGGCCUCGCCCCCAUCACUGACCCCGCCCCCACCAAUGUCCCCACUCCUGCCUAUGACUCCACCCCCCAUGGAGGCGGAGCCAGAGCAGCCUCAGGCUGUGCAUUUCAGUGAGCUCAUCGCAGUAGACACGCCCACUCUACAACACGUGACCAAAUACAGACCGCGACGCACCAAGAAGGCCAAACCCAGCAGAGCGGCGCCAAUCAGAAAAGACCCCUCACAGGAAGUGGAUCCGAACAUCAUUGUUGAUGAAGGAGUGCAAGAGUUUUACUACAAAAAAGUCAACAACAUCGGAUCAAAAUCGAGUGUUGUGGACGCAGAGAAGAAGAGAGAGUCGCGCAUAAGCGGCUUCUUUAACCUCAUCAAACAUCGCCCAUCUGCUAAAACCACCAGCACUACACCCAGCGCCACGGCAACAACGACACCAGCAGAAACAAACACCCAACCCCCAAAGCCCGUGGUGACGCUGAAUGACCCUGUGCCAGAGCAUGUGGCACCUGAGGUCAGAGGUCACGUGCAGGAAGGUGUUAAACAUGACAGUCCACUGAUGGGGCGACACAUGGGCGUUCAGGUGCUCGGCAGUGACCUGUUAGCAGAAAUACGAGCCAAACAAGAAAAACGCAAAAAAGACAAAGUGAUUGUGUCUCCAACUGUUGCAGUUAAAGCUGAACUGCAUGAUGAAGGUGGGAAUAAUAAACACACACCGUCAGCGCUCCAGAAACACACCAGAACUGAACACACAGUCCAAUCUGUCACCUCCAAACACACACACGAAUACACACCUGAACACACACACACAUCCUUACAGAGAGACUCAAGACAUCCAUCCACAUGUUCUGAUGUCAUCUCAUCCGGUCCGACUGCUGUUCUUGAGUCCAACAGAACCAUUUCUCCUCCUCCUCUGGAUAUCAUCACAGACUUUUCCACAGGAGACUCCUCCCCUACUCUGCCAGCCCCACCUCCAUGUCAGUGGUCGGUGUUGUCAGAUACUGAGAGGGCGGAGCUGAGUCCUGUCACUCACAGCUCAAAGGGUGGAGACUCACCUGAUACCUCUCUGGGCUCUCCUGCUGAUGUGUUUGGAACAGACUCACACACACUGGCCAUCGAGAGGUCCAUAUCCUGCGUCCAGUCCAGACCCGACCCGACUGACGACACCACUGACCGACAGCGCACAAAGUCCCUCCCUACAGCUGAUGUGACCAAUCACAUUUCUUGAUUUAUUAAUUGGCAGAAUCAUAGUGUGAUGUGCAGAGAAGUGAAUACAGCAGAGCAACAGUGAACCCUAGAGGUUCAUAAAGGAACUGCAGGAGUUUGUAAUAAAUAUACCUGCUUUAAUAUUAAAUCUGAAAUAUGUAACUUUUUAGGUGUUAAAGGAAUAUUUCAGGUUCAAUACAAAUUAUGCUCAAUCGACGGCAUUUGUGUCAUAAUGUUGAUUAGCACAAAAAUUCAUUUCGACUCGUUCCUCCUUUUCUUUAAAAAAGCACAAAUCUGUGUUCCAGUGAGACACUUACAAUAUAAGUCAAUGGAGCCAAUUUUUGGAGGGUUUAAACACAGAAAUGUGAAGCUUCUAAUUUUAUAAAAGCACUUACAUUAAUUCUUCUGUAAAAAAAACUUGUGGAUUAUUUAAGCUGUAAAAUUGCUUAAACCAUUUUAUGGUUUUAGGGUUUGUCGACAUUACGUCAUCAUGGCAAUGAAGUUGUAAAAUUGUCUCUAACUUUCCACAGAUGUGGUUAGUAAGUGAUUUUCUCACAGUAAAAUCAUGUUUACACACAUAUUGUUUCUGUCUUGUGUCUAUAAUUUUGAAACAGUAUUUUAAUGUUUACAGAUUGACCCCAUUGACUUCCAUUGUAAGUGUCUCACUGGAACACAGAUUUGUGCUUUUUUAAAGAAAAGGAGGAACGAGUUGACAUUAAUUUGAGGGUAAUCAACAUUAUGCCACAAAUGCUGUCGACUGAGCUGAACUUGUAUUGAACCCAGAAUAUUCCUUAAAAAAAAAAACCUUUAACUCUAUGGGCGCUAUAUCGCGAUAAAAUUUUACGCUUAAAAUUUUAAAUUCUCUGUAUACAUAAGUCAGGCAUAUGAGGUAUAAUUGCAAAGCUUCGAAUCUGAACUUUUCAGGGAUGUUACUUAAAAUAACAAAAUAAGACCUCAAAACAUUCGCGCUGAAAAUUAGCGCCCCCCAGAGGUAAUGGGGUAGAAAUAUUUAUAUAAAAAUAAAAGUCCUUCACAUAGCACAUAAAUGGACAAGUCAUAUAUCAAAUGAAAGCUCUCUUUCAGUAAUGUGACUUUACAGUAAAUUUUGUUGCCCUAAUAUCACAGUUUAAAAGAUUUUCAAAAAAAUCACAAAGUGAAAUAUGAUUUCUGUAAGUCAUCAAAUACAAAUGUCUCUUUUAGGCUCUGAUAACUGCUGCUAUAAACCCCAAAUAGCUAAAAACUUUAUAUCUGCUUUUAUCUUAGUGAGUUCUUUAAAAAAUUAGCCAUUGUUUACUUGUCUGUGAACUUUCUUGUGUGAAUAAUCCAAUGUUAUAUCUUAGAUAUCCAGAAUAAAAUAUGCAUCCAGAAGGAAAAGCAUGCUAAACAAAUCAUCAGAAAAAUAUGUUUUUGACUAUUGAUGAUAAAAUGUUAUACAUCCUCGCAAAGGGGAGGAUCUCAGCUUUCUAAUGACAGAUUGAGAUUGAUCUUCUAGUCCACUCAGAGGCCGAGAUAUUCAAUGAAAUAAUGAGGGUGGUGCUUGAACUGAAAAUUAGACUGAAUGUCUAUGGACGAGCACAUCUGUGAGGGAUAAAAUGAGUUAGAGCGCCACCUACAUUUCAGAUCUGUAUAUUGUGAUGGAAUGUGAGAGAGAAAACAUAAAUUUUCAUAGUACUUGCUGCCAUCUAGUGGAAUAAAAUUAGACUUUUCAAAGUGAGAUCAGAACCAGAAUCACAUGUUUACAAAUGACAUGUUUUUUUUUGUUUUUUUUAUAUAUUCUGUUUAUCAUAAGAUUCUAAACACAUACAAUAAUAUUUAUGAAUAAUUGGAGUCUUUUUUUAUUUGGGCGGUUCAAUUUUUUGCAAUUAGUCCACAGUAUGUGUGAAUGGUGAGCUUUUAAAUUUGAGUGUGAUAAAUUGUGGGUGGCAGCCCAAAAUUGCACCAGAGUUUAAGGGGUUAAAAUACUUUCUUCUAUCACAAAAUGCAGGGACAAUUGUAAGUAAGCCAAUCAUAGGUGAAUUUUCUGGAAAACUGUAAACACUGUGUCUCUGUGGUGCAAUUUUUAUUUCUUUCUUUUUUUUUUUUUUUUGAUUUUUCCCAUUUUUCUCCCAAUUUUGGAAUGCCCAGUUCCCGAUGCGCUCUAAGUCCUCGUGGUCACAUAGUGAUUCGCCUCAGUCCGGGUGGCGGAGGACGAAUCUCAGUUGCCUCCGCGUCUGAGACUGUCAAUCUGCGCAUCUUAUCACGUGGCUUGUUGAGCGCGUUACUGCGGAGACAUAGCGCGUGUGGAGGCUUCACGCCAUCCACCACGGCAUCCACGCUCAACUCACCAUGCGCCCCACCGAGAACAAACCACAUUAUAGCGACCACGAGGAGGUUACCCCAUGUGACUCUACCCUCCCUAGCAACCGGGCCAAUUUGGUUGCUUAGGAGACCUGGCUGGAGUCACUCAGCACGCCCUGGGAUUCGAACUAGCGAACUAGCGAACUCCAGGGGUGUCUCUGUGGUGCUAUUAAAAUUCCUCUGUUUGUUUCAGCCUGAUCUCAUGAACAUUAUUUGACCAUGGCAAACAUAAUUACGUGCUGUUUUACACGUUUUGCUGUAGUUUCCCAGUGAAAUGUCCAGCGGGGGCGCCAAAAGCGAGUGAAAUCAGACAAGGUUUUUAAGGUGAAUAUUAGAUGGAGGUUUUAAUGAGUAAAAAGUACCUCCCUAACCUAAAACUUCAACCUAAACCUAAUCAAUAGAGUCAUAAAAGCAUUUAAGAGGUAAACAAAACCGCCAUCCUUACCCUAAACCUAACAGAUAGUGUCCUUAAAGCAAAUACGAAAUAAAAAGUAAAUUUCUGAAGGAACCACGCCAUUUUGUGUCACUUCUAUGACACUUUUGUCUCACAUGUCAGCUUGCAUGCUUGGCUGGUCUCAAACCGCAGUCUUCCAUGUCUAAAGUCCAAUGUUCCAUCAGGCCAGCCACCGCGCAAGCUAAUUACAUUGAAAUAAGUAUGUAAAUGUAGGUGGGUCUGCUAUACAAGCAUUAAAAUGCAUCGUUUUUCAAAUUAUGCGUUAUAGUAAAAGUGUUUCAAUAUCAUAACAUAGCAGUGUGUGAGUAAAAGUGUGGGAAAAAAACUUGUUAUUUGUGUGAAAGUGAAUAAAAUGCUGUUGUAGCACCUCUAGUGUUCAUUUCAGCAGGAAACUGUGAUGAAAUAUGGAACGUGGCACGUAAAAUAAAAAUAAAAAUGUUUGCAAAUAUUUUGUUGUAGUAAUGCUUGUUCUAUAGAGACUAGGUUGGUUUGUUUUGAGUGACCCAUCCAGCCCGACACAACAGCACUGAAUCAGCCAAUGGCAUGAGUUGGGGGCGGUCAUAUAGAGACUAAUUGUUUGUUCGUUCAACAGGAGACGUGGAAAGCUGUUUGAAAACAAUGUUUAUAUUUUCAACUCCGUUAGGUGGUGCAGAAAUUACACACUUCAGCUUUAAACAUUUUAAUAGGAUUUCACUGUGACAGAUUCAGUGAUGUUCAGUAUGAGGUUUUGUUUUAUUUGUUUGUACAUUUUGUUUUAUUUGUUUUGUAGAGGCUUUUCUCUGUAUAACAAGAACAAAAAGUUAGACAAUUUAUUGUUUUAGAAAUAUAUUCUUAAUGGUGUUAUAUACUGUAUAACCAUCAUAUGUUUAUAGGGAAACUUGUUUAACCCUUUAAGCUCAGAUGGGCCUGCGAUAAAAAAAUAUAAUUGUCAAAAUAUUAAUAACUACAGUCUUGAGCAACACAAAAUAGGUAUCGUUUGAAAGAUUAGAAGCUCUACUUCAAACUGCAUGUAGACAUUAUGACCAAAACUGAACAAGUGCUUUGAAAUUUUCAGACAAAUCAGAAGUUUUCCAUUUUGAUAAUUUAUAUAAAAAAUUGCACUGUAGAUAUUAUUGUAAUUAGUAGAAACAUCAAACUGAUCAAAUAGUCAUGUGUCAUAUGUUGUUGGAAAGCUCUCGAAGAGUAAAAUACAACGAGCCUAUUUGUUUUACUUACAGACAAAAAUAUAGCGAGUAAUAGCGAAGUGUAUGUCUUUGAUAAUUAUGUUGGUGUUGCAUAUAUGCUGCAUUUUCGCUUAAAACUUCACGAAAUAUCAUAUAUCAUUACUUAGAGGAGGUGAUUAUCUUUCAAACGAGUCCACACACAAGAUAAUCAGAUGCAUAGGUCAUUAGAUAAUCCACAUGAAGCACAAUGUUACAUAUGACCACCAGGAGAUGGCGCCAAAUACAUGACACAGACUCAAUGAUGACUCAAAUGACACAGAAUGAAACUCAUUCUGUGAAAUCUCAUUACUAAAAUCAUGUCUGCAUGCUAUGCAAACCUUUAGUUAUUGUUGUGUUCGCAUGUGUAAUUAGUUCUUAUGUACAAUUAUUAUGUUUUAUUUGUUUGGAGACGUUUUUGGACACUAUGAUAAAUUAUAUUUUGUAAUGUUAUAACUUUUGAUUGCUUUGUCGUAUCAACACAAAUGUUUUCUCAGAUACAGUAGACAUGGUUGGAAACAAAACAAAAUCAGUUUUUCGGAGCCACCUUAUUUAUACCCAGAGAUAUAUAAUGUCAAAUAAUAAUUUUUUUUAAAAAAAGUGCAUUUUUUUUAAUGGUUUUUCAGCAGUUUCUUUGGCUGAGAGUCUCAGAAUGUAUCAUAAUCUAUAUCAAAUGAAAAGUUUUCUUUACAAUGAUACCAAACACUUGACCCUCCUUGUUUGUUUGUUUUUUGUCGAGUUAUAAGCCUUUAACUUUGUGUAUGCCACUGAAACAGGAAAUCUUUAAAAGCACCUUCAGAGCUUAAAGGGUUAAAAGCGUCCUGGUGGUUGGGCUUGAUUAACAUGAUAUAUCUUAAUUUUACAAACAGAAACUUAUUUUUAUGUCUUACUCCUUCAUUAUUCUUAUAUCUGUAUGUUUGUUUCAUUCAUAAAUUGUAUUUGUAAUAAUUAUAUGAGAUGAAUAAAUGUUAUUUUGA